CAUACUUAUCUACUAUAGCUAUAAUUAUUAAGUAUUAUUAAUUAAUUGUGAAUUUUACACAUUCCGUAUUUUUAGAUUUUGCGAUAAAUGCUAUGGCUGGCGAUAAAGUCUACAAACACGUUGGCACCACGCGCUUGCAUUUUAACGUUGCGUUUACCCUUUUACGUAAAGUCGCAUAACUUGAAUAUAGUACAUUUCGAGCAGUUCUUUUUUGUAGUAAGUUUAUAAAAAGCUAAAUUUUGAAAUCAUGUGUGGAAUUUGGGCGGUUUUUGGCAUUCAGUGUGACUUGAAAGAAUGCUUUUUAGCAUCUUUUACAAAAAUUAGUAAACGAGGCCCUGAUGCAUGGAGAUUAGAGUGUGAUAGGAGAGUAAAGGAUGCGACUAUUGGUUUCCAUCGAUUAACAAUUGUCGAUACACUACAUGGUAUGCAACCUAUGAAAUUACAUGCUUAUCCUUUUCAAGUUCUUAUUUGUAACGGAGAACUGUACAACUGUAAAAAGCUAGCUAAGGAAGAAAAUUUUGUGUAUGAAACAAAUAAUGAUGUUGAAUGCAUUUUGCAUCUGUACAACAAGUACGGUAUAGAAAAAUGCGUGAAAAAUUUAGAUGGAGUCUUUGCAUUUUGUAUUGUCGAUGUGAAGAAACAAGCUGUUUAUAUAGCAAGAGAUCCAUAUGGUGUUCGACCAUUGUUUAAAGUGACUGGUGCAAAUAAAGUGUUAGGUAUAUCAUCUGAAGCUAAAGGUUUAGUGAACCUAUAUAAAGAACUUAAUGAAGCUAAUAAAAUAUUAGAACCAUUUUCUCCAGGCACAUUCGAAGAAUAUAAACUAAUGGAGAAUGGUACAGUGAAGUUUCUUAAUAGUCAACGUUUCCACAAACCAACUGACACGCCUGUUUUCAAACCAUUUCUAUCCUACAGAGAUUUUACUAAAGAUGUAUAUGCAAAUGUAAGAAAUUUAUUGACAAUGGCAGUCAAAAAGCGACUUAUGGCCGAUCGUAGAAUUGGUUGCUUGCUUUCAGGUGGUUUAGAUUCGUCACUACUUGCAGCACUCCUUGUAGCAGAAACAAACAAAGCCAAAAUACCGUACAAAAUACAAUCGUUCUCGGUAGGAAUGAGCGAUAGUCCAGACUUAAUCGCAGCCAGGGAAGUUGCAGAAUAUAUCGGUACAGAACACCACGAAGUAAUUUUCACGGAAGAAGAUGUUGAAGCGGUUUUAGACGAUGUCAUAUAUUACUUAGAAACUCCUGAUAUCACAACUGUUAGAGCAUCUAUAGGAAUGUAUUUGGUUUCUAAGUAUAUCUUAGAACAAACGGAUACCACAGUAUUGAUCAGUGGUGAAGGUGCGGACGAAUUAGCUCAGGGCUAUAUUUAUUUUAGGGACGCGCCGGACCCGACGUCGGCUCAUAAUGAAAGUAUCAGACUACUAAAGGACAUCUACUUGUUUGAUGGAUUAAGAGCUGAUAGAACUACAUCGGCUAAUAGUUUAGAACUGAGGGUUCCAUUCUUGGAUCUGCAAUUUAGUAGUUAUAUUUUAAAUUUACCUGAGGAAAUUAGACAGCCAAAAGACGGAAAAAUUGAAAAAUUUCUAAUACGUUCUGCAUUUGAUGAAACAAGUUUGCUUCCUUCGAAAAUUCUUUGGCGUCAUAAGGAAGCUUUUAGUGAUGGAGUCGCCUCAGAAAAGAAAUCUCUAUUUACAAUACUUGCAGAAAUCGUAGAUAAACGAAUGCCAGAAAAAUUUGAUGAAAUAAAAGCUGCAGAAAUGUUCCCACAUUGCACACCUAAAACGAAGGAAUCAUUUUAUUACAGGACUGUUUUUGAAAAACAUUAUCCAUCUUUGGCAAACACACUCAUUCCUUACUUUUGGAUGCCAAAAUGGAUAAAUGUAAAUGAUCCAUCAGCUAGAUUUAUUACACAUUACGCUGCAAAUGUAGCAGAAAUGUCAUAGAAUCAAUUAUAUGAGUCAAAGCAAUAAAACCAGGAAAAUUCUUAUUA